AUUUAAGCAUGAUAUGCAUCAUACUUGUUGCUGGACACGGAAUUCUUUUGGAAAAAGAAAUAAAGAAGGAUUCGUCGGGAAGAUACACCAACCUACAGGGUGUCCCGAAGGCCCUCCUGCCUGGGGUGGGGGGCAGGAAGAUCCUCACCUUCUGGUGGGACGCUCUCAACACGAGGCAGCUGUUUAGCGAUGUGUACCUGGUGACAAAUGCAGACAAGUACAAGCACUUUGAGCGCUGGGCGACUGCACACGACUUUCCGGUGGAGAAUAUCGUGAACGACGGUUCAACAACGUUUGAGACGCGACUCGGUUCCGUGGCAGACUUCGAGCUCGUUCUACGCAACAAACGGGUCAACGAUGAUGUCAUGGUGGUUGCAGGAGACAUGUUGUUCCAGGACCAGAAGUUUGACCUCUCACAAGUCCUGGACUACUUUAAACUCAAGGAUGGAGAGCUGGCGAUCUACUACGAGAUGGAGCCGUCCGAGAGAACAGAGUCACGAGGGAUUGUGGAGGUGGAGAAAACCACUAACAGAAUCUCCAGAUUCCUUGAAAAACCAGCACCAGAUCAGACAUCGUCCCGCCUCGCCAGCGUUGUCUUCUACUGCUUCAGAAGGAAGACCCUGGAGACUAUCCCACAAUUCCUUGCACAACAUCCAGAUGUCAACAGUCGAGUCUUUGGGCAAUACCUGAGCUGGCUGGUGAAUGAAACUGACCUCCCUGUUUACGGCAUGAAGCUGCCGACAGGGUUCCAGCUGAUUGGGCAGGUCGGGCUAGCGGACUACGAGAAAUGGCUCAGCUUCUUCUCCAGCAAACAGUACGAACAGGCAGCAAGGAAGGUCAUCACGGCACGGGCAUACGCUAGGAUCGGGCUGAUCGGGAACCCGUCCGACGGUUUCUAUGGCAAGACCAUCUCCAUGACGAUCGCGAACUUCUGGGCGGAGGUGACGAUCUCGGAGAGCGAGCGUGUCGUCCUGACCCCUAACCCCCUGUGUGACCCGACCCAGUUUGGCAGCCUGAGCGACCUGCACUGUCAGAGCAGGAAGGAGGGAUACCUGGGGGGUUUGCGGCUGCUCCAGGCCACAUGUAAGAAGUUCUACCAGUACUGUUCCACGCGGGGCAUCGCGCUCGCCAAACGGAACUUCACACUGAAAUAUGACACCAACAUUCCGCGGCAGGUCGGCCUGGCGGGAAGCAGCGCCAUCGUCACGGCAACGCUCAAGUGCCUCAUGCAGUUCUUCAACCUCACUGACAAGGACCUACCGAAGCCGAUCCAGCCCCAGUUUAUCCUGGAUGUGGAGCAGGAGGAACUUUUUAUCACAGCAGGACUACAGGACAGAGUCGCACAGGUUUAUGAAGGUCUGGUUUACAUGGAUUUCAGCAAGAACAUCAUGGAGGCUGAAGGUCACGGCCGAUACGAGCGUCUCGACCUUUCCCGAGCGCCGACCUUGUGGCUGGCUUACCUCAGUGACCCCAGCGACUCGGGUCGUUUCCAUAGCAAUGUGAGACAGAGGUUUGAUAAUGGUGACGAGGAAGUCUUGGAGGCCAUGAAGACGUUUGCAGACUUUACCGACGAGGCGAGGGUGUCGCUGGAAACAGGGGAUGCUGGGAAAUUGGCUGAACUCAUGAACAUGAACUUUGACCUCAGGAGAAAAAUCUACGGUGAUGCAGCCGUGGGUCGGAAAAACCUGCAGAUGGUGGACAUCGCUAGACAGCACGGUUCAGCUGUAAAGUUCUGUGGCAGUGGAGGUGCAGUUGUUGGGCUGUGUUCCGACCCAAACAAUCUGAUCCAAAUGAAGAGGCAACUUCAGGAAGAAGGUUUCGUAGUUUGUGACAUCAUUCCAUACAGCAGCACCCCUGCUGACAAUAAUGGAACAGUCCUGUUGCCAGGCAACAAAGCUAAGAUCCAUGGGAACAAACAUCAGUAACGACUCAGUACUAUAUUCAAUACUCUUGCCAGUAUAAGUAUUUAUUUUCAUAUAUGCACUAUGAACGGGUGGGAAACAAUAUUUUUCUAAGAAAGAAAAUGUAUGAUUAUUCAUAUACAGUGAUAUUGCUUGGCCGGCUACUAUAAGAGAAGCCAUGUAUAUGAACAGCUUGCAUGAAGUUUGAAUAAUUACUACAUCUGCUGGUAAAUAGUGUCUAUUUGGACAGUGUGAUAGUCACAAUGAUGUAAUCAUGACCUUAGUGGGAAAGAGUGUAAAAACGUACGUCCAACUGAAUCAUUAUGGUAUGGCUGAAAUAUAUUAGAUAAAUAAUACUUCCCAGAUUUUUACAUACCACAACACUAAAAAUUGAAUCACCUGUAAUGUUAGAGGUUUUGAAAUUGUUCCAAUACUUCAAAAAUUAAACACUGUAAGGAUUACAGCCGAUAUUACUGGACAGGUGUAAAGGUGAAAAAAUCAUUUGUUUUGAUGCCUGCUGAGGUGACAUCACUUUUUAAACAAGCUUUUAGACUUUCUACAGUACAUU